AUGGAGGAUGAUACAUUUUCUGGUAUUGGAAAUGGAACACAAAUUGAUACUAAAAUUUUGGGUACUUUUCAGAAGAGUUUUGUUCAAGUGCAGAACAUUUUGGAUCAGAACAGGUUAUUAAUCAACGAGAUAAACCAGAAUCAUGAGUCCAAGAUUCCUGAUAAUUUAAGCAGGAAUGUUGGACUUAUUAAAGAGCUCAACAACAAUAUUAGAAGAGUCGUUGAUUUAUAUGCCGAUCUUUCGAGUUCGUUUACGAAAUCUAUGGAUGUUACUUCAGAAGGAGAUUCAAGUGGUGCUGUGAAAUCAGAUGGAAAAGGUGGACACAAAAGAAUCAGGCCUACAUAG